GCCGCGCCCCGCCUGCUGCUGCUGCUGCUGCCGCCGCUCGCACCUCAACGAGGACACGGGCCGCUUCGUGCUGCUGGCGGCGCUCAUCGGCCUCUACCUGGUGGCGGGAGCCACAGUCUUCUCGGCGCUCGAGAGCCCCGGCGAGGCGGAGGCGCGGGCGCGCUGGGGCGCCACGCUGCGCAACUUCAGCGCGGCGCACGGCGUGGCGGAGCCGGAGCUGCGCGCCUUCCUCCGGCACUACGAGGCCGCGCUGGCCGCUGGCGUCCGCGCCGACGCGCUGCGCCCGCGCUGGGACUUCCCGGGCGCAUUCUACUUCGUGGGCACUGUGGUGUCGACCAUAGGUUUCGGCAUGACCACCCCCGCGACGGUGGGCGGGAAGGCCUUUCUCAUCGCCUACGGGCUCUUUGGCUGUGCGGGGACCAUCCUGUUCUUCAACCUCUUCCUGGAGCGCAUCAUCUCGCUGCUGGCCUUCAUCAUGCGCACCUGCCGGGAGCGCCAGCUGCGCCGCAGCGGCCUGCUGCCCGCCACCUUCCGCCGCGGCUCGGCGCUCUCGGACAGCUGGAAGCCCUCGGUGUACCACGUGCUGCUGAUCCUGGGCCUGUUCGCCGUGCUGCUGUCGUGCUGCGCCUCGGCCAUGUACACCAGCGUGGAGGGCUGGGACUACGUGGACUCGCUCUACUUCUGCUUCGUCACCUUUAGCACCAUCGGCUUCGGAGACCUGGUGAGCAGCCAGCACGCCGCCUACCGGAACCAGGGGCUCUACCGCCUGGGCAACUUCCUCUUCAUCCUGCUCGGUGUGUGCUGCAUCUACUCGCUCUUCAACGUCAUCUCCAUCCUUAUCAAGCAGGUGCUCAACUGGAUGCUGCGCAAGCUGAGCUGCCGCUGCUGCGCGCGUUGCUGCCCCGCGCCCGGUGCGCCCCUGGCCCGGCGCAAUGCCAUCACCCCCGGCUCCCGGCUGCGUCGCCGCCUGAACGCGCUCGGCGGCGACCCCCGGGCCCUCGACAGCGACGCUGAGGGCCGCCGCCUGUCGGGCGAGCUCAUCUCCAUGCGCGACCUCACGGCCUCCAACAAGGUGUCGCUGGCGCUGCUGCAGAAGCAGCUGUCGGAGACGGCCAACGGCUACCCGCGCAGCGUGUGCGUCAACACGCGCCAGAACGGCUUCUCGGGCGGCGUGGGCGCGCUGGGCAUCAUGAACAACCGGCUGGCGGAGACCAGCGCCUCCAGGUAGACGGCCGCGCCCGCCCGCCCUCCCGGCAGAGCCAGGAACCCUGACCAAUCUGGGGUGCCGUCGGGCGUGGUUUGCUUUACCUCUCUCAGACGCUGGCGCGCUUAAUCUUUAUCCAAUAAAACGAAACAAAAAAAAAAUUUUUUU